UCUCAGUCAGCAGAGGGCGCUGCAAGCUUACAUGAUGUUGUGUUGCGUUUGUUUAGUGUACUUUUAUGUUGACGGUCAUGACCGGAACUGGUACGUAUUUGUGUGUGUGUGUGUUGGACUGUUUCCGGUCGGAGGGAGCGGCUGAUCGUCAGAUGUAUCUGGGACUUGUUUUCUUUUCUUUUUCUCACGGAGGUCAGAAACAGAUUUGAUUCACGGACUUCACUCGGGGAGAGGAGGAGCCGUCGUCGACCGGAAGUUGAUUUUGUUGAAAACUUGAUCCUUCGAGAAGGGAAAAUCAAAGCGAUUAAAUUCUUCCGAGUGACUGACGUUGGUGUCUGGACGACGAGUCGGGGGCGGAGUCAAACAUGUCGCUGUUCUUCUCUGGAGCCGUGACCAGUUCUCCGAUCAAACGACGGCUGCGAUCAAACCCCAGUCAGAGUCUUGACGUCUCCCUCCUCUCUCCUGACUCCUCUUACUUCUGUUACUCCUCGGAUGACAACGGCGCCCCCUGCUGUUGCCGCCGUUCUCCUCGUCUGCUCACCAACGGCUACUACGACGUCACGGAGGAAAGUUUCUGCCGCGACCACGAGGGGAACGUGUCUCUGACGCCAUGUAAGACCAACGUGUCGUACAAGGAGAACCUGGUCAGGAUUUUUCGGCGCAGACGAAAACCUCGGAACUCGUUGGCCCGCCUCUUCAGUGAUGUCACAGAAACCUGUCAGACGUGGUUGGAUGAAAAAAUCUUUAGAGGCAUGUUUGGCCCCAGCAUAAACCAGAACAAGGACCAGAACAAGGACCAGAACAAGGACCAGAACCUGGACCAAGAACACGAUGGGGAGUGUGGAGCCUGGUGCGGCCAGGAGGGGGCAGCAGUGUCUCCACUGGAUGAAUCCUGGUCAGCACUGAGCUGCAGCAGCGGUGCAGAGGUGGACAUCAGCUUCAGAUACGACCACACCGAGACUCCGCCCAAUCCUGACAAGGUGUCUCCGCCCCAGACGUUACUCAGUCAAGAGAUCGUGUUCUCCGAGGUCCGAUCCUCAGAUCAGAGUUUUACUCAGACUCUGGGCGGACUCUCUGAAGUCCCGCCCCCUCCCGUCUAUUUUCCUGAUGCCUGCUCCUGCAGAUCGCCACCUGAGGGCGGAGGUCUGACGGCCAAGAACUUCCUGCUCCUCAUCUUCACCGUCUUCAUCAGCACAGCUCUGAUCUCCAGGUGUUUGUGGUGGAGCAGCAGCGUCACAGGCGUCCUGUUUGUGGUGAUGACCUCGUCCAUGUUGGUGACAAAGACGGGACCGAUGGGCCUGUGGAGACGAGCCAAGACAGAGGAUAUUACAUCGAGAAACGAGUGAAAGCAGAAAAGCGACGUCACUUCCUGAGGCGCCGGGCGUUGAACCAGUAGGCCGAAACAGGAAAUACUUUUUAUAUUUGAGCCACAGGCGCUACAAUGAAAAGUGUCGUUAUGCUAAAAUAAAUGUUACGAAAAUCACACGAUCACGUGGCUGUUGUGAUGACGAUAAUACUUAUCACGAUAUAUUUCUGUUUCUGUUUUAAAGGCACGUUUACGAUUGGACAAAAAUGUCACUAAUGUUUUAUAGAUGUUUUAACAGAACGUGUAACGUUGACGUAUUAUUGUGUGAAACCUAACAUAGAACAUGAUGCUAAUAUUUUAUAAACAGAAAAUCUGACUAACCUUACUGUGAGAAAACACUGCCCCUUGUGGCCAAACAUUUCUAAUGUUUUUUUUUUUUUCUGUUAUUCCUCAUUAGAACCAGCGUCUCUGCACUUUUAUUGUUGUUCUUAUUAAUGUGAUAACGAUUAUUACAGGAAAAUAAACUCCUGGUUUCCUUUGA